CCAAAAACUCAACAAGUAAAGAAAAGCAGUGAAGAUUGAAGAAAUGGGAAAAGAACAAAGAAGAGUGAAGGGUUCGAUAGUUUCAAUCGCGACGAUCACGAUGCUGGCGUGUUUCGUCGGUGCGGCGGACGAGAGCGGAUUAGCCAACCAGUGCAGCAAAGAUUUCCAGAGCGUGAUGAGUUGCCUGAACUUUGCUCAGGGCAAGGCGGAGAAGCCGUCCAAGGAGUGUUGCGGUUCGGUGUCGAGCGUAAAAGAAAACGAACCCAAGUGUUUGUGUUAUAUUCUUCAGCAAAGCCAGACAUCUGGGGCUCAAAGUCUCAAGAGCAUGGGUGUGCAGCAAGAUAAGCUUUUUCAACUUCCUACGGCUUGCCAGUUGAAGAACGCUAGCGUCAGUGAUUGCCCGAAGCUUCUUGGAUUGGCCCCAAACUCGCCGGACGCGGCUAUCUUUACGAAUUCGUCGUCAACGACGGUGACGCCAGCUAGGCCGUCGUCUGGUUCGCAGAAUGCUGAUGACAAGUCCGGCGGGACGAAGCUUGAAGCUGCUGAUCAUUUUGUUGGUCCCGUGCUACUGGUUGCUUCGGCCGUGUUUUUCUUUUUCUAUGCACUUCCUGAUGGGAUUGCUUAACUGGUUUCACCAUUGUCGUUGUUUUUACUUUCUUAACUUAAAAUAUGAUCAUAUUUAUGGGAGAUUUUAAC